AUGUACGGGGAGGUGGAAUGCAGUGACCUUGUUGCUUUGUUCAAGAUCUUUUUGAUAAAUCGGCAACAUCUGGCUAGCAUGGAGUCUGUUGCAUCGUGGUUUUUCACAAUUCCGUACACGAUCACGUCUUUCGAUAUGUCAUAUUCUUGCGCUAUCCUUGACGAUCUUGAUGGGGACCUUGUCUCUGGUGCUGCAGACUCAAAUCUUUUAUCGAAGAACGAUUCAGGAGCUGACUGUUGCCUUGCUCCAUCGCAGGAUUCGUUAUAUGAAGCGCAGCUCCGAAAGCUGAAACACAUCAUUGACAAAGCCAAGAUCUCCUCUGAACAGCGCGUACUGGCCAUUGCGCAAACAUACCCCGGCACAACCAUAGUUACUCUUACACUUUCCGUCCAGCAACAGGCGCUAGCUAUGGAACUUGUCCAGGACGCUGGACUUCAAGACAGAGUGACAGUGCAUCUCAUGGAUUAUCGUGCGAUGGUGCUGAGCUGGAAAGCUUCUUUUGGUAGAGUCAUCAGUUAUUGGUGUGUCCUUGACUUGGCGUUGAAACCCGAGGGAGGGGUCGGAGACUUGGAGUCGUCGCACAAGUCAUUGACAUUCCGGGGGCUCGUAUUAUUUCCUAGAGGAUUUCUGCCAACUCUGACACUGCUGCUUAAAUCCAUGGAGAAGGGUUCCGGCGGCUGUCUUAUAGUUGACUCUGUAUCGAACGUAGGUCCACACUAUGCCCGAGCGCUUCGGGAAUGGCGAAGUCGCUUCGUGAGCAGGUUCGAAAGUGUCAUCGUCCCAGCUCUAAAUGUGGAGCAUCCUACCAUAAUAAAUGGCGCUAGAGGAAGGGAAGAGAGAGAGGUCUUCCGGAGGAAAUGGCUAUUGGGCUUUACGGCGCGUGUCUUGGGAGGAGAGCUGACCGGUUUUGUCGUAGACGCAGGCUGA